AUGUGGACGUCUAACGAUCAAAAGUCACUGCUCUUUACAAUAUCGGGACUUCUGACCACAGCGCUUGUCGAUGCCCAGAAUUCCUCCUGCCGAGGCAAUUUCCGGGAAUUCAGAAGCGUGAACUCGACCGGCCAGCACGGAUUCACUUGGAACUCCUCCUACGCUGGUGAAGAGUCGUGGUAUGUCUCUGUCCUCAUUGGAUCUCGAGAAACCGAAUGGAAUGAUGGGAGCGACGUCGACGCAACUGCUUACAUCUCCGCUCCUGGAAACGUGCGCAAUGGCACAGGAUACUGCAGCUACCAAUACAACAACAUCAAUGCAACGUUGGAGUCAGGAGGAGAGACCAGCUGUAGCGGUGUGAUCAGCUCGGUCUGCAUAGACCAUCUGACCAAUGCACUAAGCGAUGUAGCCUACUACUGUCCUAGCUCCGACACUGGGUCCACAUCAGAAGCGUUCAACAAGGCGUGUCCAAUGUUGAGAGGCGGUUCACACAACACCAAGUUCGUCGACGUGGCAAAUAACACGUGUGCCUACACCGACAUGCCCGAGGUGAAUAUCCCCGACAAUUACAGCACGUUCGGAACAAUCGUAGGCCUCCAAGCAUCCGAUACGAUCGCCAAAUCCCUUGGUGCAAUAGUGCAUAAGGGCGAUCUUACGGAUAUAAAAUCUAUAGAAGCAUCCCUCGAAGGCACCGAGGCUCUCUUCUUCGCUAUUCCCGCCCAUCCACGCAACGAAAUCUUAUUUGCGAAGAACGUCCUGGCAGCCGCUUCGAACUCGAAUGUACGGAAUAUCGUGUGCUCCAGUGUAGCUCGCGCCGGAAAGCAUGAGAGUUUCCCUGGCUGGGAUGCGGACAGCUAUCCACUAGGAUGGUACUGGAUGAACAAGCAGACAAUAGAAGGGUUAGUGAGAACGUCCGAUUUCACUUGUUGGACCAUUCUACGCCCUGCUUUCUUCGUUCAGAACUUCUGCCGCCCUUAA